AUGGCAGCGAUUAUUAAGUACCCCAGUAUUAUUCGAGGGUUGAGUGGUUGGGACGACGGUCUAAGAUAUGGGAAGUAUCGUACUUGCAAAAUUGGUUUGAAUGAGACGGAAAGACCGGUAUGUGCGUUGGUAAGGAAAAAAGUCUACAAUGGUCUUAUGAGGAAAAGAUUAUGUAGUUUUAACGCUGAAGGUACAGGUGGCGCGGACCUGCAGCGCAAACUGGACCUGCUCAACGGCACGCUGGACGCAGAGAGAGCCGAGCAGGCACGCAGGCAGAUGCAGUACAUUGCUCAUUCGGGGUACUCAGAGGAUUCGGACUACACGUCUGACCUCAACUACCCAGUGGGGCAGCAUGCCAACUGCAGCGCAUCACAAUUCCGAAGCGCUGCCCACCAGAUGCACACACCUCAGAGAUCAUUGGAGGUAUCUCGUGAGAAUUCGUACGAGAGAGACGAGUACCACAUACACGGGGACACCGACCCGUUGUACUACAACAGUCAGCCGCGAACCAGGAUAGACACGUGGUCUCAGCUCCAUGCUCAAGUGAGUGUGGAGUCAGCGAUAUCAUGGCGGACCGCGGCUGACUGGCAGUCCGGGGAGGAACAGCGCCGGCCGAGUCUUGAGCGUCAGAACACCCUGUAUGAUGAUAACAUGUAUGGGUUCGAGAGCUACCCUGGCAUCACGCACACUAGGGACCAUUUAGCACAACAGCAGAGUUAUGAAGAGUACUACGACUCCACGAGCUAUCAUUACCAGACUUCGUACGUUGGGGACGACUCCAGGCAAUGGGACAGUGGAGGGCAAUACUUCUAUGAUGACGGGCAUGGCUUAACUCCAACGGAGUAUGAAAACAUCGUUAACAAGAGGAGAUCUUCUGUUGUUCAGUUGCCGCAAGUGCCGCCUAAACCGUUGGUGCCAUCAUCAAGGUACUCAGAUUACAAUGAGAUGGCACCAUACAGGCCGCGGCCGCGGAGAACUGCUGCAAGUCUUCCAGGAGAAAGAGGAGCCAAGGUUCAACAGAUGGAGACAGCAAGAGCUAAAAUGCAGGCUUAUCGUGAAUCAAUGUGCUUUAUUUCAGCUACCCCGUCAUCAACCCCUAAGCGAGGUCGUGCACUACCAGUGCCCCCUGGCAGUGAGUCGGGGUCGACACGAGGCAGUCGCGGCCGCCGCCUACCCCAGCCCCCUACGCCUAUGUCGUCAUCGAUGACGUCAUAUGGCAGCUUCUCGCGCCCCAGGCGCGCGCCUUCCGCCUCCACGCUUACGCACGUGCCUUACGUACCCGAACCUGAAAGAACUAUACCUGAUGCGAGUUAUGGUUAUGAUAGCUUCGGGUUGCAGCAAGACUUUCAAGACACUGCCACAGAACCCUACCAGGAAACUAGUUAUAAUAAUACAACAUAUGAUUCAGAUGGUAUGCAACCUUUCUUUGAUGAAACGCCACACGCUACUCCGCCUGCCGCUGCUCAAAAAACGCCUUGGACCGAAACCGAGACAAUACCAAAGUUCACGUAUCCCGUUACUAGUGAAAGCGAUUCGUUGUUACCGAAAACAGUGCCAUCAACAGUUUCUUCUUAUUUACCUCAACCACCAGUAACGAGUCAACAAGAUACCUACCAAACCCAAAGUUAUCAGUACGAAAAUCAACAAUACGAUUCACAAUACGAAGGUCUACAGUAUCAGUACGAACAGCAAGACCAACAGUAUACAAAACAAAAUCAGUACGAAGACAAACAGCAAUACCAGCAGGACUACCAGUACGAUUCACAAUUUGAAUCGCAUUACCAAGAGGAAGAAAAACAACCAGUUUCCCAUCAGCUGUACACACAACAAUUUGAACAAGAUCAGCAAUACUACCAAGAUCAACAGUAUUUACAACAUUCUGAACAACAAGCCAAUCAACUACCCUAUCAACAGCAGCAGCAACAACAACAGCAGCAGCAGCAACAACAGCAGCAGCAACAACAACAACUACAGUUGCAGCAGAAAAAGACCCAGCAGCAACAACAGUUGCAACAGCAACAACAGCAGCAGCAACAACAAGCUAAACAACCAGCACAACAACUGCAAACGACUGUUUUAACUGGUGCUGCAACAUUGGGCUCAUUUAUGGCGGGUAGUGCUAAGAAAUUGGGAAGCCUUUUUGGAGCAGCUGCAGCAGCAGUUGCGGCUCCUGCUGUAACUCAGCCUCCUCACACUACUCCUGCAACGACAGCUCCAACAAGCCAGUUUUCUUCAUCAGUAGCUCCUGUAACCCAAAUCAGUAGUGCUGUGCCGGUAACAACAUCCGUCCUUUCCUCCUCCUCUUAUCCGUCAUCGGAUAUGUCGCCGUCAGUGCAUGGGUCUCCCGUGACUAUAUCAUCAUCAGCACCCGUUUCUUUACCGCGAACUCCGUCUCUCAGAAGACAGGAGUCCAUACAAAGACCUUCGGUGCGUCGAAUUCGGACGUUACCAGACGCACCCGAAGACUUAGCCCAGUCGAGUUUCGAAGAAAGUGCCUACGAGGACGAGUAUCAUAAGACUGAAUACGAUCAAUCAAUAGACCGCGAUAGGACUUCUUUGGACAGGUAUCGUGAUGAUGACUACGCUCAUGAUACCAUCCUCGAAGAAGUCCCUGAGGAGAGGCGUUUGUCGGAUGUACCGCCAAGCCCUAUCUUGCAAAAGCAAGCGUCUCCGACGAGGACUGUGGCUCAAAUAAGGAAACCGUCAGUUGACAGCUAUCACAGUCAAACGCCGUCGAUUGUUGAUCGUAGAACCUCGCAAAGUUCUUUUCACCCUGAAGAGAAGCUUGCUGUCCCUACUACACAAGAAGAAUCACUCACGGACAAAUCUAAAGUCACGUUCCAAGACGAGCGCACGACCUAUCACGAGGUACCUGAAGAGACUGACGGCUUCCAAGAAGCUGAACCUUAUGACGACCAUGUUGAGGAAUACAAUGAUGACCAUGUGUCAUAUACUGACAAAAAUGAAUCGUUUAGGGAAGAAAGAGACAAAUUUGAUGACCAGGAGCAAUUCCAAGAGGCUGAUGAGCCGUAUCAAGAGGAAGACAGUGUGUUCCGAGAGGAGCAGGAGAGACCAGAGGAACAGCCUGAACAGCCAAAGUUGACUCCUCGGCAACGAUGGCAUCGAGCUUACAAUAAGAUUGUUAUGCAGCUAAACGAUUUUUAUAAUUAUUUUUGUAACAUUUUUUUACCAUCAUGGAGAAUUAACGCUCGCUCUCGAUUGAUAAGGACCAGUCCGUUAACAGACUUUGUUGCGUACGCACCCCUUCAUAAAAAUCAGAAGAAAUUGGAAAGUGUGGUUCAGGGUACAAUAACAUUGCGCAAGAGAUGGCGGCGGAAAUUCACGAGGACGCGAUAG